AUGGUGAUGAUGAAGGGAGUAAAGAGGGCUCAGAUGAAAAUGAUGGGACAGCUGAUGUGCUUCCUGUGGGCAACUGAGAAGGAUGAUUGGAUGCCACAGAGGGGAUGCCAAUUUCCACAGAUGGGGACAAAGAAGGAGUUCCCGAUGGAAACAAUGAAGGACUGCCUGGACUUGAACUGGGACUACCUCGUGUCUGUUGGUGUGACGCUUGGAGAUCCUGGUGUCACGGUUGGCAAGGAUGCAGUGGGGCUUUCUGAAGGGCUGCCGGGGACUAAAGUUGGAAUGGCUGUUGUUGCAUUUGCACUGGGGCUAGCUGGUGCAACUGUUGGCAUAAAACUGGGAGAUCCUGGUGUCACGGUUGACAUAGCUGUUGUUGGAUUUGCACUGGGGCUACCUGGUGUAACUGUUGGCGUAAAACUGGGAGAUCCUGGUGUCACGGUUGGCAAGGAUGAAGUGGGGCUUUCUGAAGGGCUACCGGGGACUACAGUUGGAAUGGCUGUUGUUGGAUUUGCACUGGGGCUACCUCGUGUAACUGUUGGUGUCAAACUGGGAGAUCCUGGCAUCACACUUGGGAUGGCUGUUGUUGGACUUGCACUGGGGCUACCCGGUGUAAUGAUGGGCGCAAAACUGGGAGAUCCUGGUGUCACGGUUGGCAAUGUUGAGGUUGGGCUUUCUGAAGGGCUGCUUGGGAUUGGCGUGUUACUGGUUGGAGCUUGAUCUGAAGCUGCAAUCCCUAUCGCCAUUGCAAUCUCACUGGAACUGGUGUGCUGGUUAAAUGAUGACAAGAAAGCAGUCUUGUCUGAUUCAGUCGAAACAAGGCUAGCUACUUCGGG